AUGGUUUAUCAAGGACCCUUCACAGCUGCUAUUGAUGUCGGAUGUGGUUCUGGUCAAAGUACACACAUCCUCAGCCCACAUUUUACCUCUGUCACGGGUCUUGAUAUUUCUCAGGCCCAGAUUACUGAAGCCACUAAACUAGGCACAGGAACAAAUGUUUUCUUCAAAGUGAGUGGUGCUGAAAAGCUGCCUUUCUCAGAGUGUAGCCUGCAGCUGGUCACUGCUGGUCAAGCUUGUCACUGGUUUGAUCUGCCAAAGUUCUAUGAGGAAGUUGAUCGUAUUCUUGUACCAGGAGGUGUCUUGGCACUGUAUGGCUACGCAUUCCCACAGCCCAUCUAUGGAGACCUUACAGAAAAACUCUAUGACAUUAUUAACUAUGUGUAUGAAAAAGACACGGGUGGCUACUGGGGAAGUGGUCGUAAAGAUGUUGAUGCUGCUUAUAGCCAUCAAAAGUUCAGCAUACCUUACUCAAGUAAUACAAGAGAUGACACUCAUUAUGUGGAUAAAAGUGCUACAGUUGCUGAGUUGACUGGAUACAUAACAAGCUGGUCAGGAUUCCAGAACUUUAAAGCCAAAAAUGGUGAUGUUGCUGCCCAGGAGAUUCUUGACAGGUUCCAGAACAGGAUCAUGUCGACCCUCAACUUAACAACGAGUCCGGAGGAUACCCAACUCUGCCUUCGCUUCAAGUUCUUCCUCAUUAUGGGCAGAAAACCUCUAAGUUAGAAUUGAUUUACUCUUGUAGGAAAUAAGACAAGUGCACAAUCUUCUGCUUAAAUGAAAUAUUAAUAGUUUUGGUCAUUUUAUUAUAUUGAAAUGUAAAAUUAGAAAUCUGUAUAAAUGUUUCAGUGAGUUAUAGUUAUAUUUUAAGGAGAAAUAAGUUUUAGAAUUUACCUUUGAAUUUUGUUAUGGUUACAUGAGUCUUACUAAUUCAUGCAUCUUUUUAGUGUAGAAUGUUUCUCGUAACAAUACUGUAGUGGAUUUAAAAAUAAUGUAAACUUCUUUGUGACAGCAGAAGAAAAUUUUAUUACCAUAUGUAUCUUCAAUUCAUUUUACUUUUUUAUCAAUUUAUCUCUGGUGGAUAAUAAAAUUGUGAUUUGAUUUUC